AUGGAAAUAUCUGGAUCCGGAUGCCAUCAAAAAAUUUAUGCCGGAGCACCAGCUGUCGUAUUCGUCAAAGACGAUAAAUAUUUGGAACAUGUCACUAGGAAGAUCUAUUUGAGUAAGUGAAAAAUGAUUAUUGUUUUCAAGUGUUUGAAAAUGUUUGGUAAAUAUUAACAUAAUCACAAUUUUUCAGAAUCCACCAAAAAAGAAUUGAAACAUUGCCAGGAUGUUUUGCACAACUUCAAUGUAAAAGUUUUUGUAUUCAUGCCAAUCCAUGAAGAUACAUUGCAUUUUAUUAUUGAUAAUCGGGUCGAGACAGUGCAAAUAGUCAACAAGGUUUUGGUUGAGGAUUUUUCGAAAAUAGUAAUAUUUUUUUUAAUGUAUAAUCCCUAUUGUAAAAUGUAUCUAUUUCAGAAACCGCCUUCUGGAAAUGAAGUUUUGGAAGGAUCUGUUGAAACUGAAUUCGAUUCGACCAUCAGAAAACUAUCGGUCAUGUUGAGAAACAGAUCUUCGAAAACACGAUUGACUCAGACCGACAAUGGCUGA